AUGACCUCCAAAAAUAAAAAUGAUCCCGCAAAAAAUCGUAAUCAAGACAACGACAACAGCUCGGAUAGUCAAGAAACAUCAAAUAGGAAGCGUUCGAUCAUCGAUUGGACGAAACGUUUUAUGCGGCAAUCUCUUAAUUAUGAGAUUGAAACUCAGAUUGAGAAAAAUGAAAAAAAUUAUUAUAUUAUUAAUACAGAUGCGAAAAAUCGUAAAAUGAGCAGUAAUUUUAUAAUAAGCGAUUCACCGGUAGGCGAUGCUCCAACAAUUGAAGAUGAAGAUGAUGAAGACGAAAACGAAAACGAAAAAAUGCCGAAUGGAUCGGAGAAUGAAACAGAUGGAGCAGAAUCACCAACGAAUCGUGAGAAACCGAAACCAGAAUUAUCUCGUAAAAGACGUAAAAUGAUUGAUUGGAAAAAAUUUCUUUUACCAAAACCGGAUGAUGAAGACGAAGAGGUCGACGGUUUCAUUCUCAUUAAAGAUCCGGACGCGAAAAAAGGCAAAAGCCUAAAAUGGCAAUUGCGUAAAUAUUUUAUUGCAAAUCCAGAAUUAGAAGCGGAAAAAUAUAGGGAAGGUGACGACAUAAUGAUCGAAGAUGGCUUUGUCUUUAUUGAUGAAUCCGAGAAGCAGGCUGCUGUUUCGGCCGAUGUCGCUUUCAAGGAGAGCGUUAUUGAUUUCACUGCGGGUUCAAUUGGCGGCUUGAUGCAAGUGUAUGUAUCUCAGCCAUUUGACACGAUCAAAGUGAAAUUGCAAACGUUUCCUAAACUCUAUAAGAAUAUGUUUAGUUGCCUUAAGUACACAUAUCAGACGGAUGGUAUAAUCAGAGGUUUAUACGCUGGCACGGUGCCAGCAGCUGUAGCUAGCAUCGCUGAGAAUUCGGUGCUUUUCGCUGCUUAUGGUCGCUGUCAAAGUCUAGUGGCUAAUAUAUUCGAAAUUGAGAAUAGCGCCGGCCUGUCCGUUCUCGGAGAUGCAACAUCGGGUUUCAUUGCCGCGUUCUUUACGGCCUUAAUAUUAUGCCCCGCAGAGUUAAUUAAAUGCAAAAUGCAGGCUGUAAACGAGAUGAAACAUUAUGUAUCAAAAGAUAGCAAGGUCGCAACGAUCAAUCCGUUUAUGGUGACUAAAGAUAUUUUAGAAACUGAAGGCAUAAGAGGACUGUAUCGAGGCUUAGGGACAACAUUUGUAAGAGAAAUGCCUGGAUUAUUUUUCUUCUUUGGUGGUUAUGAAGGAGCAAGAACACUUUUCGCAGAGCCAGGGCAAACAAAAGACGACAUCGGCCCAUUGAAAACUAUGUGCGCUGGUGCUAUUGGUGGUGUAUCACUUUGGACUUUCACUUUUCCUGCCGAUGUUAUUAAAACACGCAUUCAAGUCGGUAAUUUAGAAGGCUCUAUGAUUGCGGUUGGUAUGCAGAUCAUCCGGAAAGAGGGUUUUUUAGCUCUAUAUAACGGACUGUUGCCAUCAAUAAUCCGCACUGUACCGGCAUCGGCGACGCUUUUUUGGAUUUAUGAGUAUACGAAGAAAUUAUUGUCCGAUUUAGCAGGCAUACCAACGUAGACCUUUUUCCUUAAGGGUCAUUAGCUUAGAGCAAGAGCUAUGUAAAGAGAGAUAGUGUUCAUCGAUCCUAAGCUAUUGGGAAACAUUUAAUUUUUUCCUCCUUUUUUUUUUUUGUGAUUUCUUAAUGUAAAGAUUUCCUUUCUUCCUUUGAUUAGCCUAUAAAUUCGAAAAUAAUCAGCAAGUCAUUAUAUAUAUAUAUAUAUUGAGUUUGUGUUUUAAUGGAAGUGCUUGAACGCUUCAACUCUAUCGACUAUUAUCUAUCUAAUAUGAAAUCGCAUUAAUUUUGAAAGUCCACACACAUAUACAUAUAUUAAAUUUCGCUAGAAAGUUAAAUAAUUUCAAUGUAAAUAAAUUGUUGGGUUUUAGUAAUUCUCAUACACUUUUUAUAUCGCCCGAAAAUGUUAAAAAAUCUUCAUCCCAAUGAAGUUUUAGGUUUCGAUUUAGCUGUUAUCUUUAGCUUUAAAAGACGUAAAAACUGAAAACAAGUUCAAAUAACCAAAGGAAAAAGAACGUUUGAAACGAUAAGUUCCUAGUUUGGAUUGGCUUUUUUUUUUCUACUAGCUCUUCCAUCUUCCAUCACUUUCAUGGCCGCUUGUAAGUCGUGAAUGCGUGAGUUAAACUUCUCUUCGAAUUUGUGAGUCCUCCAUUCGUAAUUUCUCGUCAACGCUAUCACGGAACUCUUGAAACCUUUUAUUGGAGUUCCCCAUGAAUUGGCCAAACGCCUGCUGAAUCUGCUUAGGUACGCUUCUCGCGAAUCGUCUAAACAAUCUCAGCAAAUUUCGCUUUCUUUUUUUCAAAAGAAACAAUAAACUCCUCCCACACCAGACACGAAGAUCAUUUUGCAUUAUAACAUAUUAAAUAAUUAGCUCUUUAUCAAAAACUA